AUGGCAAAGUCGGUAGUACACUUGCGGAUGACCAUAUCAGAAGCACAGUUGGAAAAUUUGGACUUGGCAUUAGAAAUCAACGGGUAUGAUCAUAUCAAUAUAUUUACAGUUGUUGCUGGAAAGAAUGGAAUUAGUGACAAUGGCAAAGAAGGUGGUGAUGAUGACGUCAAUGAAAUACAAUUUUCUGAAAAAACAUCAAAAAGAGAAGAACGUCUUGAUAACAUUUGUGUAUCUGAAAAUAUUGAAUCCAAUACGACUAAUAAAGAAACACAUGCCCAGUCAAUAAAUCAAAAUAAAAAGAAUACACAAGAUAAAAAAAGGAAGAAGAAAAAGAAAGCCCUUGAAAAGCGGUAUUCCUGUAAUGAAUGUAAUAAAAGUUUCAUUUGCCCUAGUGGUUUGGAAAGACAUAAUGUAAUACAUACCGGUGAAAAGCCGUAUUCAUGUAAAACUUGCGGUAAAGGUUUUAAUCUAUCCAGUAAUUUGAAGAGACACAUCAAAACACAUACUGGUGAAAAGCCUUUUUCAUGUGCUAUAUGUUGUAGGAGUUUUCGUAAUUCUUAUGGAUUGAAGAGACAUAAUAGAGUACAUACCGAUGAAAAGCCCUAUUCAUGUAAGAUAUGUGGUCAGAGAUUUAACUGUCCUAGUAGUUUGAAAAGACAUAAUGUAACUCAUACCAAAGAAAAACCAUAUUCUUGUGAUUUAUGUGGCAAGAGUUAUACGGUAUCCUGUAAUUUGAAAAACCAUAAUAAUGCACAUAAUAGUACAAAGCUUUAUUCGUGUAAUAUAUGUGGUAAGUCUUUCGUUUACCCUAGUGGAUUGAAGGUACAUAAUAAAAUACAUAAUGACGAAAAGAAGUAUUCAUGUUCUGUGUGUGGUAAGAGUUUCAAUCGAUCUGAUUGUUUAAAAUCACACCAGAGAGUCCAUAUCGAUGAAAAGCCGUAUUCGUGCAAUGUAUGCAGCAAAGUUUUCAGAAAAUCGUAUGCAUUGAAAUUACACAUGAGAAUACAUACCGGUGAAAAACUUUUUACAUGUAACAUAUGUCUAAAAAGUUAUCAUCAAAAGGGUUCAUUGAAAAAACAUAUCAGAACACAUUAUGGUGAAAAAUUACAUUCGUGCAAAAUUUGCGGUAAAAAAUACCUUAGUUCAGGUAAUUUGCAUAGACAUUAUAGAAAACACACGAAUGUUAAGCCGGAUUAAUGUUAAGAGUGUGGUCUGCGUUUUGGCAGAUCAAGUCAUUUAAAUAAAAAUAACAACACACAAAUUGGUUGUAUGGUGCCAUCGCAUUAAGAAAUACCUCGCCGCAGAGUCCACAAGUGCCACGUGACGGAACUUUGGCGUAUUGAUAAACAAGUACUGUGCCGCACAUAGAACAGAAAAAACUAGUAGAGGUCGCAUCAUGCCAUUUUACUAUGGAAACCGAUUUCGCACAAACUUUAUUAUUAAAUACAUUUAUCUAUUAAAUACUAUAAUAACAA